GCAUGGUGUAAUAAUAUAUAGUGUUAAAAAUAUGUUUGGUAGUUCAUAAAGAAUUGUUUAUGCAUUAACUUUGUUGUUAUAAUAACAUUAACAUUGUCGUUACAUUUAAAAAAAAUUAAAUAUUUAUUAAAUCGACCGAAUAUUUAAUAGUGCAAGUAGUGACAACCCUAUAGAUCGCCAUGUGCGAAUUUUGGCCGAGUUGCGAAGUAUGCAAAUGCAAAGCCAGCCAAAGAUGCGCCGGCUGCUCGCUGGUUUAUUAUUGCAAUAAGGAACAUCAAAUUCAGCAUUGGAAAACGCAUAAGAAACUAUGCCGACCUUACAAGGUUGAAAAAAGCGAUACCUUAGGCAGAUACUUAGUUGCAAGUAGAACAAUAAAAUCAGGCGAAAUUAUUUUAAAAGAAAAACCUGCUGUAAAAGGUCCCGCGCAGAAUACUGGACCAGUUUGCAUGGGAUGCCUCGAGAAUGUUAACGAAUCGAACUCUAUACCAUGCGAAUUCUGCGGCUGGCCAUUUUGUGAUAUAGAGUGUCAGAAGACUUCUAAGCAUAAGGCUGAAUGUGAAUUUACCGUCAAAUAUCGUGGAAAAGUAAAUGUGUCGAAUUGGGUGACGCCGCAUCCCUUGUUCCGAUUGGUAACACCACUUCGAGUGCUACUGUUGGAAAAUGAUUCGGAAAAAUUAAAUGCACUAGAAUCGCAUUGCGAAUUAAGGAAAAAUACAAGGCAGUGGGCAGAUGAUAACAUAUAUGUAGUACAGGCUAUGAGGAGAUUGUUUCCCAAUCAUCCGUUCAAAGAUGAAGAAAUAUUGAGAGCCUGUGGAAUAUUACAAGUUAAUGGACAUGAAGUGCCCCUGUCGCAACCUCCUCAUGUAGCCGUUUAUGCCGGUGCUGGUUCGUUAUUUGAACAUAGCUGCGUGGCGAAUUGCACAAAAAGCUUUACUGACGAAAAGACAAGUGAAGUUACAAUUUGGGCAGCACGAGAUAUUGCGCCGGGAGAACAUUUAAGCAUCUGCUAUACAGAUUCAAUAUGGGGAACAAAAGACAGACAACAAGAUCUUCUUGAAAAUAAGUUCUUCCAAUGUUCUUGCCAACGAUGUAUGGAUCCCACCGAACUUGGAUCAUAUACAAGUGCUCUUUACUGCUCUAAUAUCAAAUGCGGAGGCUAUGUGUUACCUACAAAAUCCAAAACGGCAUCAGAAGCGUUAACAAACGGUUAUACAAAAUUAAACGAGAACCACAAUGAAGAUAUAAAUGACUCUGUAAGGCAAAAUGGAUCUACUAAAAGUGAUGACUGUAUACAAAACAGUAAUAACGCAGUUAUCGCAAAUGCUAUUAAUUGGAACUCAGAUUGGCAAUGUAAUAAUUGUAGAAAAAGCAUACCCAAUAGUGAAGUGCAAAAAAUAUUAGAAGCUGUACACGAAGAGCUUCUUUUGUUAGAUCGGGAUAAUAUUGAUUCUUGUAAAAGUUUUCUGUCACGAAAUGCUUCGCGACUACCAAUUAGUCAUUAUGCAAUGUUGGGCAUCGAAGUUGCUUUGGCUAAUCAGUUGGGUUCGGGAGGGUACGAUAGUAUUAAACAUUUGACUCCAGAGGAUCUUAAUUUCAAAACAGAUUUAUGCGAAAAAUUGAUUGAGAAGUUAAGCACUAUUGCACUAUGCGAACAAAGAUUACUGGGAUUGCUCCGAUUCGAGUUGCAUUCGGCCUUAGCGGAAAAAGCGCGAAGAUGCGAAAACGCCGAACGCAGGCACGAACUACUGUGGCGAUCGUUGGAGGCAGCCGAACUCUGUACGCGUUCACUAGCCAAAGAACCUUCUUGUCUGCACGAGGGGUUGAUGGCGAGUCAAGCCGAAAAAAAUGCAAUAGAUCUUAGAAAAAUGAUUUGUUAAGAACUGAUGUUCGCCUAUAGUUAAGAUUUUAUGUUUACAGCCAUUUUUCAUAAUUUAUAAUUUUUUAGUUUUAGUUUUUAAUAUUUUAGUUAGUAAUGUUCG